AUGGAGCGGGGGAACGACAGACAACGAGAUGAAAUCUUAGUGCAUGUCUCCGCCCCCAGUACCGUCCGUGAUGACGCUCGAUAUAGAGCCCAGGUGGCCGCGAUUCGCGCGUUCGAGCCCUUCUCGCGCAGACUAGUGAAGAAGAUCGACCACGAUCUGCUCGCUGUGGAAGAAGCCCCCGCCGUGCAUCACCUACCCGAGGAACCUGCCUCGCUAGGCCCAGAGUUGUCGCAUCCUGCGAACGAGCAUCGACCAGUAUGCAUAGUGGACGCAGGCAACGCCGGUGCUCAGACCAUGACGGCUGCAGCCGCAAGAAUUGCAAAUUCCACGCCGCCGCGCGAGGAUCGUCCGCCGAUCUCUCCGGCUCUGCACGAAGAAAAUCAAAUCAGGCCCGAUCCGCUGCUGUCCACCGCAGCAAGGUCUGCCUCGCAUUCGCGAAAUCAGACCCGUGAUCUACGGGGCAAUGAGGAGACGCACAUCGGCUCCGAGACCCAAUACGUGCCGGAAUCGAUCGAGAGUCCUGUUGGCGUGAUUCCAGAUUCACAGCCUGAGGCGGUGGCAUCCGCAGUGGUCCAGCAGACAGGACACCCCCAUACGAUGCAGCCCCCAAGAACCUUGUCGCCCUGCUACAGCGGUGAUCGCUCGCCGACGAGAUCAGUCAAGCGGCGACGGAUCGAAGCAACCCAGGCUCGGCCCGCCGAGAACCAUGCAAUCAGCAACGGAGUCUCUGCAUCAGAGAUCAUCGCCGACAUGGCCAUCCCCUCAGAUCCAGCCCCUCGAGAAGAGAGAAUAUCUACCGUAAAGGAGAGUAUUGACAUCCCUUCUUUACAAAGAGGUGCAUCGUCGGACACUCAUCGUCCAGAAAAGGCCAACAUUCCUCCGGCGCCAGAAGAAUCAUUCCGAAUCUCCGCCUGCACAAUACCCCCGAAUUCAACAGGCUCCAGCCUCAAGUCCCCUGAACAUGAACCCCACCGCCAUCACUUCGAAGGUGUCACACGAGGAUCCACCUCCACGAGCUCUAUCAAAAGCACCGAACCAAAGCAGCACCUCCUUUCCUCGCUCCCACUCACCAUACACCCUCCACCUCCACCCAUCUCCAACUCCCUUUUCACCACUCAUGUCACGCCAACUCUCGCCAUGCUCACAGAACGACUCAACCCAUCCCGCACUUAUCAGCCCUUGCAUCAGACCCGCGAUCUCGAUCCCCUUGAGCGUGGUUAUUGGAUACUGCACAUGCACGUCCGACCCGCUUCAACCCACCCUUCACCAUCUAUCGCGUCACGCUCUUCAUCCCCGCAGACACGGAAGGUCAACAGGUUCAGCUCCGUGACUUCUCCUUCUCGCUCUGAAACCUGGUCUGAAGCCGACUUUUCCAGGUUCUGGACCUUCUUGUGCGGCUUUGUAGAGGAAGCUCGUGCCGGAUGGGGCGUGUGGUGUCUUGCAGAGCGCUCAUCUUACUCUCCGUCCACCUCGGGACGAACCCCAAGAAGAAUCUCAAAGGACGGAAAUGUAGAUGUAGACAAGGACAAGAACAAGGACAAGAACACCGACACACAUCCCAUCCAGAUCAACCCAGUCUCAAAUCUGGAUAACCCGUCGGUCUCGGUACCGGCACCUGUGCAGUUGGUCAUCAAAGUAUAUGGCUGGGGAGAAAUCGCUAGACACGUCUACUUGAUGCUGUAUCUGGCCAGUGAGCGGCGCGUGAAAGGAAUGGGUUUGAAAUGGGUAGAUCCAGCGGAGAAGGUGAUCAUCCAAAUGCCCUGA